AUGGCACAGCCUGUAUCAAAGAAGCUUCUAUCCUGCUUCCUCCGCUGUUUCCUCACCUACUUCUUCUCUUCCCUUUUCCUCAUCACCAUCCUGGCUUCCUACACGUUGGGCUUCCAAAUGGAGUCCCAUGUGCUGACCCUGGCAUCUCUGGGCCUCUACGAAGUUUUCUUGAUCCUCCUCUUCUUCGCUCAGGGAUGCUUUGCAUGCAAGGAACUGGGCAAGCAUCGCCGCGCCGACGCGCCCUGCAGCUUGUCCAAAACAGUAGCCCUCACCAUUUCGGCCUAUCAGGAGACCCCUUCCCGCCUGCGCCAGUGCCUCGAAUCCAUCCGAGACAUGGCCUACCCAAAGCACCUUCUCUCCGUGGUGAUGGUCGUUGAUGGCAACGGCUCUGAGGACCGGUACAUGAUGGAGAUGUUCCAGGAAGUUUUUCGUUGGGAUGACUUAGGUACCUACGUCUGGGAGGGCAACUACCAUAGCCGCCCAAUGACCGGGGAUCAGAAGGAGACCCAACAGUGGGAAGUGGAGACAUUGAUCAGGAGCAAGAGAUGUGUCUGCAUCAUGCAGAAGCGAGGUGGGAAGCGGGAGGCGAUGUACACAGCUUUCCGAGCUCUAGGGGACUCUGUGGACCAUAUCCAGGUCUGUAACUCGGACAUCAAACUGGACUCAAAGGCGACGGUGGAGCUAGUGAAGGUGCUGGAGUCAAAUGAUUGUUACGGGGCUGUUGCGGGGGAAAUGCGGAUCCUCAACAGAUCUGAUUCAUUGAUCAGCUUCAUGAGCAGUAUGCGCAACUGGAUGGCCUUCAACAUCAAAUGCGCCUGCCAGUCUUACUUUGACUGCGUUUCCUGCAUCAGCGGCUCCCUGGGCAUGUACCGUAACAACCUAUUGCAGCAGGCCCUGGAGCCUUGGUACAAUCAGACCUUCUUAGGCAAAAAGUGCACCUUUGGCGAAGAUCGGCAUCUCACCAACCGCAUCCUGAGUCUCGGCUAUGCCACCAAGUAA